CUUUUUCAAAUUCAUGAAACCUUCCCGAUAUACAUUUUACACGACUUAAAUUUAUAUCCACGUUAAUGGUAACGUGUUGCACAUAAUUAUGUUGCGUUUCAAGUCUUUGGCGUCACUUACGUUAAAAUAGUGAUAUAACUCUUAACGUCACGGUCGCACGCACUUUCAGAAAUGACUACAUCAGAUAAGUUCGCGGCGCAGAUAGGUACAUACAUGUGCGAAGCAGAUACACUAUUUUUCAAAAAGAUACAAAAUUAAGAAGUUUUAUUGGCUAGUUUUGAAGUUAUGACAACAUUCUACGUACUUAAUUGAACGAGAUAAAUCAUAGAUGUGUGCGUUAUCAUGCUUUUACUCCCAGAGCCAAAAAAGUGAAACCAUCUUUUCAUCGAUUUUUUUACCGAAACCAUAAUAAUCGGAUAGGAAAUAUUUUAAUUUAGAAACUGCUUGAGUGUUCACAUUUAUAUGUUUCGUUAAAUAAGAGCGUUAUCGCAGUUUUACUUUCACUGGUGUCUACAUACACGUCAACUCUUUGCAUUAAGGAAUUUGAAUAGUUAUCCCGUCCAAUCCGGAAAAAAAAUGUUGUUUUGGAAUGUAGUCCAAUACGAAAAACAAAGGAACGUAAACACUUCAAAUCUCACAGUACAAUUAUUGUCAAGUGACACAAAUAAAUGCUUUCAACUGGUUGAAUUUAUAUAGGUAUGCCAUAAAAGUAACAAUAAAACAGAAACCAGACGUUUGUGAAUAUCACCUUAUAAUUACAGUAAUAGUUACACUGUAUAGUCAGCACUGGAGACGAAACGUGAACAACCGACACUAGUAAAAGGCAACACAUGCAUAUACGUUACUUUAAUUGUUUAGUUUGUUUGUUUGUUUGUUUUGGUUUUAACGCCGUUUUUCAACAGUAUUUCAGUCAUGUAACGGCGGGCAGUUAACCUAACCAGUGUUCCUGGAUUCUGUACCAGUACAAACCUGUUCUCCGCAAGUAACUGCCAACUUGAUUCCCCACAUGAAUCAGAGGUGGAGGACUAAUGAUUUCAGACACAAUGUCGUUUAUUAAAUAGUCACGGAGAACAUACGCGCCGCCAAAUGAUCGAACUCGCGACCCCGCGAUCCGUAGACCGACGCUCCAACCACUGAGUCAAGUGUAAACAUCGUUUAUAAAUAUAAGUAUGGUGGCAUAUUUCUGUCUCGAGAUAGCUAGGUUUCAGUCGUGAUAUUUAAAAUUGUUAUCUUGAUAAAGUGAAGUUUUCUGAAAAGAUUAUCUCAAUAGUGUAUUGCGAUAAUUUUAUUAGAAUCUUGAUAUUAUUCGCGUAAUUGCCCACAGUUGCCAUUUAUUACUCGGUACAUUCCUCAGCAAUUAUCUUGAUAUUUCGAACUUUUCUGAAUACUUUAUACCUCAAUAGCCAAAAGUUUCCUAGAAAUAAAAAGCAUAUCUUGAAAACAAUGAUUUAUUGCGAUAAUGUUUUCAGAAAAAUGCACAACUUUUCCGGCUGUUAUCGUGAUGGCUUCCAAGUAUCUCGUGGUAGUUUCAAGCACUAACGCGAAAUUUUACGCUAAAAUAUUUUCAGGAAACAAAUAAAAUAUCUAGAAAAUAUUUUGUUUUGCUGAAAUGUUUUCAGAAAAAUGCACAUAUUUCUUGGAAAGUUUGCAAUAUUUUCAGGAAACGUGCCGCUAUAUAUAAGGUACCAGUUUAGAAUCAAUUAAAAGAUUAUAUAACGUGUUCCGGCCAUGUCAGUAAUUAAUACCGGAUUAAAGUCAAUGUCAUUCCGUACCUUAUACCGUAAAACACAUGUAUAUGUAUGUGUAAGUAACAAGAGAUAAAUUUGAAAUUACGCGUGAUGAGAGUGCUGAUAUACAUAGUAUAGUUAGCGACUCAUCGUUUCUCUAGCACUGCCUCCUGAUCUUUUGACUAUAUAUCUGUUUUGAGGGCUCUGGGUUGGGCUGGGUGUGGGAAUUCUGCAGCGGAUGCGAUGAGGUGCACUGAUUGAUUUUACGCUUGUCUGUGUUAGUUUUAUUGUUUUUGUUUUUUUUUUUCCUUUUCGAUUGUUUUUUCCCCUGCUUUUCUUCUAUUUAAUUUACUGCCUUAACUCUUCUUCUAUAUAAGUAAGUUUAUAUCUUAAAAUUAUAUUUUGUUAAGCAUAUAUAUUUUUUCCAUUCUAGACCAAACAAAAAUCCGCCAUUUAGUUUAAUCUAACAUUAAUUUGACAGCCAGGGACGGACCGAUUUCUAAUGUUGGCAAAACUUGUGGUCCAACCCUUUUGUAUUAUCACACAUUCGCAAAGUUACUGAAUAAUUCCUAAUGUACAAUAGUAAUAUAUAUGUCUUGUAUAAUGAUAGUUUGCUGUUGUAUAUAUAUUUACAUAUGUAUCUGUAUAAUAUUGUCUUGAUGAACAUUACCAUAAUGUCUUGUGUGAUGAUUACAAUAAAAUAUGAUUAAACUAAAUAGUUAGCGACAUUAUCAACAUACGUUAUCUGAAUUAGUAAAAUAAUGUGAGGUAGUACAGGAAGUAAAUUGCAUUGCAAUCUAAGAAGUAAAAAGUAUUUAACUUUGGCCGACUUCAAGUGAAAAACCUUGAACAUUAUUUCGAAAGAUUUUAUAGCAGAAUAUGGAGGCUUGUUAUACAGAUGAUGCUGUUAUCUUGGAUUCAGUGGUGAUAGGGUUCCUUGUACUUUUAGUUGUUGCUGUAUUGAUAAGCAUUUGGUUGAAAUGUACAAGUUUUCAUUUCAUCUCCAAAUAUGGAAAUUGUUCUUCGGAGGCUGACAAUUGUGAAGCGGGAAAUUCAUUGUACGAAAGAUUACGGUUGGGAAGAACAGAACACCGUGACUUAAGAAAUGAAAAAUUGAGGGUUGAUGCACUACGAAGAGAACUAACUAAAGAAAAGGAAGAGAAAGAAGAUGCUUUGAAACGUUUGAGUGCCAUCAUGUCAAGCCGUUUAAGGGACGGAAAUCCAAAUGUAGUAGAUCUCAGCGAUCAAAAUCGCCCAAUAAAAGUAGGAGAGCAGUUUUCAGAACUUUAUGACAAUCAGUGGACAGAUGCUUUCAGUGCUAUGGAGACUUAUUUCGGAACUAGCAAGCAAGAAUCUGAGCUAAUAUCCAUGCUUUUAGAUAUUUUACAGCAAUGUUUUACGGUAUGUACAGACAAGGCACACACACAAUUAAAGCAGCUGAACGAAAACGUAAAUAAUCUUGCUGCCAGCAUCACAAAAAAAACCAGUAAGCUUCCGGCUGACUUGAUGCAACGCAUAAAAGAAGAAAGGAAAAUGUUUGCUUCUGAUCACCUACCAGAUAGUAAUAUGAUGCUACCCAUACUAAAGGACUACUUUUCAUCUCGUGUCUUAGACAUAGGUUUUCUUGAAGAAAAUUCACUUAAAGCAUUUAUGCGGGAAUGUUUGAAGCUAUCUUGGUUAAUGGUCAUACAAGACCCUCCAAUGACAAUGGUGAUGAAACCUGAAGACCAAGAAUAUGAAAACUUUAAAGCUUACAAAACCAGAGGCAGACAUCUUGCUUUUGUUGUAUGGCCUGCCUUACUUCUGGAGGAAGGAGGACCGCUGAUAAUGAAAGGGAUUGCAGAGUUUUAUGAUGUGUAUGAGUUAUCAGAUGAAUUGUGAGGACUUGAAACCUUUUGUUCCUUAUAACGUGUAAAGUCAAGCGUGAUGACACAAUUAUUUCAUUCAAAUCUCUCGUAGCGUUUGAGUGGAUAUUGUGGUGUAAUCUAAUAUUAAAGCGUCUUUUACGGAAUAAUACUAAUUAUAGCUAUUGAACAAUUCAAAUUAUUAUUGUAGUUAAUGUCUAAUUACUUAUUUUGAUUCAUUUACCAAUUCCAAUAAACAUUUUAAACACAUAUUAA